UUCUUUGCAAAACCAGCAGCAGUUGAGGAUUUUAGAUAUUUUGCAAGUUUCCCCGAACUUGAGUAAUAUGAAACCCUUUGUAGACUCAAGUUAUUAUUGAAGUAUAUAAGCAUAAAACUAGUUAUGAAAUUUAACUGUAAAACAAUGUAUUUACAAAUUACAAAAAUAAGUGAAAUUACAUAUUCAGUAAAAGUCAGACCUCCAAUAACUACUCAGUGUUACAAAUGAUGGGAGACAGAUGCUCACAGCAUGAAUACGGUGCUGAUUGGAGUUUGAAAUACUGCUACUAUUACCAUUGCCCUGGGGUUAUUUACAACUUUUUAAAUUUUCUGUUCAACUACUUUGGAACAUUCAUCUGUACUGGCCAUGGGAUCACCUAUCCUUCACAUGGCACAAUCUAAUAUUUAUAUAUUAAGCCUGCCUGUUUAAUAGAAUGAAAUCAGUACUACUAACUUAGCUAUAAAAUUAUAUUGUAGUUAUAAAUGCGGGCAGAAGCAUUGAAAUUACCCUGGAAUGCUGGGUUAUAGUGAUUGCCAUCCCGAUUAUCCAGGAAAUCCUUAUUCAGUUUUCCUGACAAUUCUUGAAGACCACAGAUCAUGGCCUCAAGUAACUGGGAUUCUCAGGCCUUGAGAAACAUAGCCAUAAAGGUUUUAUAUACCAGUGGAGUUGCUUAGUAAUUAUUUUAGUGGCAAUGCUUGCAGUAUUUAGAAUGGAAAGAGCAAUGUUUUUAACUGCAGCCUUUGUUAGCAUCUCCUUCUUUUUUAUGCAUUCAAAAGUGGUCCAGUAGAGGCAGGAGACAUCAUCAGGGAUAAAAAGAAAAACUGGGUAGGUUGGAGUUAAUGAUUCUCAUAGUGAGUCCCUCACCCUCUUAAAGUUCUCAGCUACCUUUGUUCAUCAACCUGUUUUCUCCUAAUACUUUUUUUAAAAAACUCAUACUUUUGUCUUUCCAUUUUAAAUCCCGUAACUGUUUGUAUUGCAUUGAUUUUUUUUUUCCCCUUUGACUUUGCGAAGUGUGUUCGGAGUGAACCUUUGUGGAGAGGCAGAUGUAUCAUGUCCUUUGGCAGUUUAGUCAGUUGAAGGAUGCAAGUCACAGGUCUCUCACAGAAGAAGGAGGAAGAAGAGAAGGAAGCUAUUAUUGAGCAACAACAACAAGAAGAAGAGAAUCUGUUGGAGAUACAGAGGCAAAAGUUACACGAGGAGUGGUUGCUACGGGAGCAGAAGGCACAAGAAGAAUUCAGAAUCAAGAAGGAAAAGGAAGAGGCAGCUAGAAAACGGCAGGAAGAACAGGAGAGAAAGUUAAAGGAAGAAUGGGAAGAACAGCAAAGAAGAGAGAAAGAAGAGGAGGCGCAGAAGCUGCAAGAGAAGAGAGAAAGAGAGGAGGCUGUGCAGAAGAUGCUGGAGCGGGCUGAAAAUGAGUUGGAAAAUGCUGCCACAUGGCAAAACCCAGAACCACCCACGGACUUAAGAAUAAUGGAGAAAGACCGAGCUAACUGUCCAUUCUACAGUAAAACGGGAGCUUGCAGAUUCGGAGACAGGUGUUCACGUAAACACAAUUUCCCCACAUCGAGUCCCACGCUCCUCAUUAGAAGCAUGUUCACAACGUUUGGAAUGGAGCAGUGCAGAAGGGAUGACUAUGACCCCGACGCCAGCCUGGAGUACAGCGAAGAGGAGACCUACCAGCAGUUCCUGGACUUCUACGAGGACGUGCUCCCUGAGUUCAAGAACGUGGGGAAGGUGAUCCAGUUCAAGGUCAGCUGCAACUUGGAACCUCAUCUGCGGGGCAAUGUGUAUGUUCAGUACCAAUCGGAAGAAGAAUGCCAAGCAGCCCUUUCUCUGUUCAAUGGACGAUGGUAUGCAGGACGACAGCUUCAGUGCGAAUUCUGCCCAGUGACCCGGUGGAAAAUGGCAAUUUGUGGUUUAUUUGAAAUACAACAAUGCCCAAGAGGAAAACACUGCAACUUUCUUCACGUGUUCAGAAAUCCCAACAAUGAAUUUUGGGAAGCGAAUAGGGACAUCUACCUGUCUCCAGAUCGGUCCGGCUCUUCCUUUGGCAAGAACUCAGAGAGGAGAGAGAGGAUGGGCCACCAUGAUGAGUACUAUGGCAGGCCCAGGAGGAGGAGAAGCCCCAGUCCAUCCCGUUCCUACAAAAGGAAUGGGGAAGCUGAGAGGAAAAGGAGAAGUAGCCACAGGGAGAAGAAAUCUCACAAACACACGGCAAAAAGUCACGAAAGGCACAGUUCACGAAGUAGAGAAAGCAAAAGGGACCGCAGCCGGGGCCGGGGCAGCCAGAGCAGAAGCCGCCGGAGCCGGAGUCGGACCCGGAGCCGGAGCCCCAGCCCCACUAGGUCCAGGAGUCGCGGCCGGAGGAGGUCAGGUAGUAGAGACAGAACUAUUCAUAGUCCCAAAUCCAAAUAAACUGAUUUUCUUUGGAAAUGAUUGCAUAUCUUAUUUAUUACAGCUGCUGCAUACCUGGGUAGAGGGCUCUGAGUUCAAAUGGGUUAGCAAGUCUGGCAGAACCCUAUGUCAUCUGCAAAUCUUAAAAAUACUCUUAUUCUUUGGUAAUUUAUGUGCCCUCUUUCAGAAAAGCUGAAAUGUAUAAACAACACGAAUACUACUUGUAAUUCUAAACCUUACAGAUAAGCGGUUAAGCCCUGGCUGCCGUGGCUCAGUUGGUUGGGUGUGCUGCAAACUGAAAGAUCACCAGUUCAAUGCCCGAUUGGGGCACAUGCCUGGGUUGUGGGCCCAGUUCUAGCUGGGGCGUGCUAGAGACAACUGAUCGAUGUUUCUCUUCCACAUCAAUACUUCCCCCCCUUCUCCCUCCCUUCCACUCUCUCACUAAAAAAAAAA